UAGUUUUGGUUACGAGUUUUAUUUCCCCUGUACAUUCUUUCGUUGAGACAUCAUUUAUCUCCACUGCUAUGCAGGGCUAUGUCCUAGUAUCAUUUGAUGGUUGAAAAUAAUGGUUAUAAGCCCGGCGUGUUGAAUAAUACCAUGCAAACAGGCGCUUACAAAACUAUUGUGAUGUGGGCGAUUUUGGGGCAUAGAGUUAUAAUUUCGAUAGCGAUGGUAUCUUUUAGGGGGGGAAGAAUAAAGCUGACUUGGCUGUUAAGGGUAUUUCAUCGUAACAGUAAUAAUCAAGGCUUCGCUGCUAUGAGUGUUCAGAACCCUGAAGGCCAAAAAGCAGAAAGAGCGAAGAAUGAACACAAGAACUCCUAGGAUGCGCCGGCCUGCUCAGGAACAUAUCGCUCAAACUCCGUAUGAACAACAUCACAACGCCAACAUGGAACAGAUGCGUCCAGACAUCGCAGGCAGUGCUGCUAGGCUGGGGCCUCAAUCCAUGCUCAAGGACCAAAAAUGCGUAAGAGGUGGAAAGGUA